AUGCGCUCUGGCGACGAUGGGGCAUGUCACGCCACACCAUUUAGAGAAAAUGCUCUCGUGCAAUCCCCGAAGGAGGAGGUGCCCAUCGACGAAAACCCCUGGACGAUCCUCACCUCACCAUCCUCACCUCACCAUCCUCACCUCACCAUCCUCACCUCACCAUCCUCACCUCAUCAUCCUCACCGAUGUCAACAAGCAUUUAUGCAAACCAGGGGCAUGUUCGACAAUGAAGCCAUCAUUUCGCAUCUCGUUUUGGAACAGAGGCGGGAGAAGGGGAGGAUGCUGCUCCUGGCGUGCCUCCUCCUCGGGAUCCAGGGAGGCGCGGCCCAGCUGGCGCCCGGGAUCUACUACGACCAGCGGAUGUACACCAUCCUGUCCGGCAUGGAGGUGCACAUCAACAACCCCCUCCGUCAUCUCGUCACUCCGACGCGACAGGACUGCGCCUACUACUGCACAGCGGACUUCAACAAUUGCAACGGAUUCUCGGUCCAGUCUCUCGCGCCGACGCAAUGGGACUGCAACCUGAACGGGCUGAGCUCGACCAAGUCCGUGAACAUGACGGACGCGCCGGUGGUGGUCUACUACGCCGCCGGCACAGGUCUGACGUCGGUGCCCCCGGGAUUCCAGUUCCUGGGCGGGGACAGCGGCCUCGUGUACGCGAGGGCGAUGGCCCCGCGACUGAACCAGACGGACGCGGCGAAGAACUGCAGCGCGGCGGGAGGGCUCAUCCUGUCGGACGACCACGGCCCAGUCAUCCACCAGGCCGUGGUGGCCCAGGCGCGCGCGAUGGACCCUGUCUUCUGGGACACCGGGAACACGAUCGUCCACCUCGGCGCCGAGCUUCAAGCGGAUAACCGCACCUGGAUGUUCCCAAGCGGAGCGACUUUCAUCCCGAAUGCGAACGAUCCGAAUCAGUUCUGGAUGGACCACGCGCCGACUGGGGAGGCAGGCAGGAAUUGCCUCUUCCUCGUGAGUCCUGAUGGGCGAUGGAUCGACUGGUACUGCAGCCACAUGGCAUCCUUUCUCUGCGCCUUCGUCCUGCCGGAGCUGGACAAGGGCCUCCAGAACGCGCGGGACCUCUACCACCAGCUCCUCGACCUAGACACGAAGCCCCCGAGCAACGUGCGGAAGGGGGAUGUCGUCUGGACCAAGAACGGGCUGCAGAACAUUCUCAGGACCAUCGAGUGGGACCUCAAGGACCUCGAGGAUUCGCACGAACUGAGCAAGAAGAACGCGAGGACGCUGAAGUUGGACGAUUCGGCGCUGGAGGAGCGGCGGCGGUACAUGGACGAGGUCCGGACCGAGAUCGCCGGCAUGCGGGAGCGGUUCGACCUGAAGAAACCGAACGACAGCGCUUCCAGGUCCCAGCCCCGUCCCGACGAAGGAGAGCAGACAUCCAUUCCCCCCUUCUCCCUCCUCCUGUCGAGUGCGGGCCCGAGCCGGAGCCGGAAGGAGGAAGCGCACGUGUCGCUGGACGCCGGUGAAGACGUCCUCUUCCAGGACCCCAGGCAUCCCUAUAUGGGAGAGCGCACUUUCGUACCCAAGGAACACAGGCGGGACGGGGCAGAGUCUUACCUGGAUACAACCAUCAAAACCGUGGGAGGCGUCCUUCAAGGGAGGAGGCAGUGGGCCGCCAUCGGGAUCCUCUCCGGGAUCUGCGUAAUCGUCAUCACCCUCAUUUUCGUCUUCUGAACGCUGAUCGUCGUUCGGCUUCGUUUCGUGUACAUAAUGCAUUAAUUAAUAAUUAAUAAAUACAGCCGGGUUAUUGAGCGAGG